AUCUACAGGGAACAUUUCUCGUCGACACCGUAUAUCUGGGGACUUCCCACGUCACAUUGUAAAUUGACGAAGUAGCUGUAGAACAGUAAACCGGUAGGAUACAUCCUUAAAGCUGAACCCGCAGAGAAAUGGACACAGAACAGCUGAUAAGUUUCUCGGAUGAUGAGAUCGAAGGUGGGAAUGAAGGGGGUGCAGAGUUGCCGCAAACCCUCCGAGGUCCCUCCCUGGAUGAGGCAGCUGGAUGGGGGUUGGACCUGCGCGUCUCACACGAGGACAACGUGGACAUCGGAGUGGACUUCCGAGAACAGACGUCUCUACCACCCAAUGCUCGCCUGGACACACUCAAGGAACACGUGUGGAGAUCGACUACAGAAUCAGCAUCUGAACUGGAAGCCACAGAGAGAAAAUUUGUAAAUGCUGAUGAGGAAGGUCACCAUUUUGACCCCAGCGUUCAUCAUACUGAUGUUGUCAUUGUUGAUGAAGUCACUGGCAUCCAAACACGACAUGGAGUGUCUGAGAACCAGCGUCCAGGGAGUAUCAACACAAAGCAAGACAACCCAUGUCCGCCAUCUGUCCAGGAUGAAAGUAGUUCCUGGCGACCCCCAGUCCCACCAGAUCCAGUGUUGACUGGCAUCGCUCCACCUUUGUUGGAAGGGAAGAAGUAUCACGUUUUCUUCUCCUAUGAAUUAGCUGACCGAGACUGGGUCGACAUGGUCAGGCAGAAAUUGGAGGCCCCGGAAUUCGGAUUCAGGUGCAGCGUCCACGAACGAGACUUCCAUGGCGGCAAGGGCGUCAUUGAGAACAUCACUGAGCACAUCCGUAUUUCUGAGAAGACUGUGAUGGUUCUGACGCCUGACUUCACUCAGAGCCGCUGGUGUAUGUUUGAGGUUGAGCUGGGGAUGAUCCUGAGCCUGGAAGAGCGUCAACUCCUGGUGAUCCCAGUGUUGGUGAAGGACUGCCCCAUCCCAGACAGUAUCAAGACUCUCACGUACAUAGACGCUUCAUCUGGUAACGAGUGGUGGCAGCGCUUCAUAGAUGCCAUAUUGUCAAGAGAGGAGGUGGUCAGUUUCUCUGGGACCAGGGAGAUAGCUAUUCAGCCUCGCUACAGAAACAUGGAUGUCCUGGCAACACUUUCCUCCGACUGGCGGUGUCCGAUGGGAGAGGAGUUGAGAGCAUCGUAUAUCCCUGAAGCUCUUCUUGCACCCGGUGUUCAGAUGACUGCUCCAGACUUCGACCAGGUCACUGCCAAGAUGAAGACUGCAGCCAAGCUGAGUCUGUAUUGCUGCAACACAACACCAUGUUGUGUCUUCACCUUUCUUGGGCUCAUCAUAACGCUACUUAUGGACGUUAUUAUCCUUUCCUUAUAUAGAUGUGUUGAUGGCUUUAACAUAUUUGCCUGUUUAACUAUACCACUACCUUUCAUCAUGGUCAUGGUAUUCUUUGGGCAAAGAAUUUGGAGGAUCAAGCGUCUAAAACCAGCCGUGGUUGCACAAAACAGUGACCUCGUUAAGAACAAAUGCCUUGUUGGAUUCAAGGCUGUGUCGACCCCCUGUUCCACCCUCAGACUACAGCUAACCUUCUGGUUCUUCGAUAUGUUGGAAUGUAGGAAACAUCUGGAAGGAAUAUUGGCCAUGAUAUCCAACCCAGGAACUUCACUUCAGCCGGAUUCAUCAUCAGUGUCUGAUCAGGCAAUGGAUCUUUUGUGCCGCUCCAGCGAAGCCUACACCACUGCCUAUCAACUUGGUCAUUUGAAGGUCAAGGAUGACGUCAGACACGUCCGCCAUGCUCUGUGUAUGUGUCAGUUUGUAGAGAAAGAACAUGUCGGGAAACUAACGGCCAUCCCACCGGAAGUCGUGUGAGUUGAGGCUCAGCCUUAACAGACGUACUGACAAUGGCCCAUGGGUUGACGGUGAGCAGGUAGAAGGUGUUGUGACAUUCAGGAUGCCGGCGUGAACCGGGGCGUCUGGACAUGACAAGGUCGCCAUGUGUGUUAUUCACUUCUACAAUAUGUAUGUCAUCGUUAGUUGCUGUUGGAUGUCACAGAACAUUUGUUUGGUUCCUGAGUUCCGGGCGGACCUAUUGUUGACCGA